GGCGCCCAGAGCGAGGCUAGGGUAGAGAGGCCGACUGAGCUGGAGUCGUCCGCUUGUCGUGGAGGCUGCUAGGGAGACGGCGAGAGGGUGAGCGGGCGAGCAGGCGAGCAGGCGAGUGAGCUAGCGCAGGCAGGAGGGAGAGUCGCGCGGCGCAGAGGAGCGCCGGGUCCGGGCAGCGGAGACUCAAAGCCGCAGAGGGGCAGCCCGAGCCGGGCGCCGCGGGGUCCCCACCCCCACUCGGCCGGACGGUGCCCGGUGUUCCCCCGUGCGGGGGGCGGCGGCGGCGGCUGACGGGACCGGACAGGACCGCGGGGGUGUUGCCACCUCCACCGAGGAGCCGGCGCGGCCGCGGGCUCCUCAGAGCCGGGGCCCGGGGCCCGUGACAGACGGGCCGAGGAAGGGAGAGAGGCGGCGGCGGCGCAGGCGACGGGGAGGCAGCGGCGACACCAUGUCAUCCCCUAGUCCGGGAAAGAGGCGGAUGGACACGGACGUGGUCAAGCUCAUCGAGAGUAAGCAUGAGGUUACAAUCCUAGGAGGACUCAAUGAAUUUGUAGUGAAGUUUUAUGGACCACAAGGAACACCGUAUGAAGGUGGAGUAUGGAAAGUUAGAGUGGAUCUUCCUGAUAAAUACCCUUUCAAAUCUCCAUCUAUAGGAUUCAUGAAUAAAAUUUUCCAUCCCAACAUUGAUGAAGCGUCAGGAACUGUGUGUCUAGAUGUAAUUAAUCAAACUUGGACAGCUCUCUAUGAUCUUACCAAUAUAUUUGAGUCCUUCCUGCCCCAGUUGUUGGCCUAUCCCAACCCCAUAGAUCCUCUCAAUGGUGACGCUGCAGCCAUGUACCUCCAUCGACCAGAAGAAUACAAGCAGAAAAUUAAAGAGUACAUCCAGAAAUAUGCGACAGAGGAGGCACUGAAGGAGCAGGAAGAGGGCACCGGAGACAGUUCAUCGGAGAGUUCUAUGUCUGACUUUUCGGAAGAUGAGGCCCAGGAUAUGGAGUUGUAGUAGAAAAAGCACCUGCUUUUCAGAAAGACUAUUAUUUCCUAACCAUGAGAAGCAGACUAUAAUAUUCAUAUUUAAACAAAGCAAUUUUUUUUAUUACUAAACAAGGUUUUUAUGAAUAAUAGCAUUGAUAUAUAUAUAUUAUAUAUCACCCUUUAGAUCUUGAUUUCUUGGUCAUUUCUCAACCUGAGGUGCAUAGCAUAUUCCCACAUUCCAUUUUGGUAGCAAUAUGCGGUCCGAAUGCAUGCAUUCAUAAGUCCAUUUAGCCAAGUCAGCCUGUGUGCUACUGAACUGUCAAAAGAAACAGCCGCUCUGAUAGAUAGACAUGAGUAAAAAUAACAGGAAAAAGUUGCUUCUUCUAUUGAUGGUUCCAAAGAAACAAACCAAACCAACCAGCUCUUGGAUGUGAAGAUAGAAUAGUGCUUUUUCAAACUGGAAAGGAAAAAAUUGGGGAGGAAAAGGCCUGCUUGGGAGCAUUUAGAGCCAGCCAUGUCAGAAUCAGAGCUGCUUCUUCCUGUGCAUCCUAGGUGGCCCCAUUUCUGUGGAGUAACAGUAUAAAACAGGGAGCUAAUUGGAGUAUUGAAACUUAAAACAAUUUUUUUGACUUGGAUUUUAAGUACAUUUUUAUGUGUAGAUUCCUGCCCUUCUCGCUACCAGGCCCUGCAGCCACAAGUGUUUUGCUUUGGAGAACCUUUUGGAAAUGUUUUCUGAAUCUGAUUCUUUUUCUUGGGGGUAGAAUUUGUAAUCCAGACCUUUUCUGAGAGGACAGGACAGGAGGAGAAAAGUGACUGCGAAGAUGUUUCCUCUCAUCCAACACGUGCAGAGUCACAUCCUCAUCCUAUUGUUGGCCACUGUGAGACCACUACCCUGGACUCAGAGCUUUAUAUUUGAGAAUGGUUGUGGGGUUUGGGUUUUUUUUUUUCUUUUUGGUGUGUGUGCAUUGUGCUUAGGUUGCAGAUUUAAUCUUCACCUACCAAGAGAUGGCCUCCUCCUUGGACAGCCACUCAGUGGACCGUUAGAGUUGGGAAGAAGACCCUCUUGGUGGCUGUGACUCCUGGGUCCUCUCGUUCAGGUUUUGAUUCUGUUUUCCCUUCUGCUGCUGCUCUUGGCAGCAGCCGGGUCAUCGUCUGCUCGUGGGAGUGGGAAAUAGGUAUUUUAGACCCAACUCACAUUCUAAAUUUAAAAUGAGUAAUAAUUGGAACAAAUAAAGGUUCUUGUACCCAAAGUGACUCUACAUGGGAAAAGCAAACACAGCUUUUUUUUUUUUUUCAGAGUGAGACUGAAUAGGAGGAAAGGGUUCAGAAAUAUGAUGUAGAACAGGUUUUGAAGGAAGAGAAUUUUCUCUCCUGUAUAUGUUAAGAGGAAAUCAGUUUAAAUGCCUGCUAAUCAAAUGUUUACUCAGCUAACCAUAUGUCCAGGUUGCUGGCAGAGUUUCUUUCAGAUCUGAGUGUUGCCUGCUGAAUUUGGAGAACUUCAGACAGUAGUUGGGGGGGGGGGGUGGGUGGUGGUUGACACAACCAGUAGGACAAUAGCAAAAUUAGCCAAUCCUGAAAUCUUCUCGAGAUGAUUUUUGAAUGUCCUACUGGGAUAAUUUAAUCCUUCUCUCUGUGUGUUUUUAGUUUAUAAGUGCUAUAUUCCACAAGAUUUGAGUCAAUGAGAUUGAAGAUACCCUAUCUUUUUUAUUCAAAAAGCACAAUCAAUCUUUUCUUUGAAAAUCUAUAUAAAGUACAACUUGCUUUUAGCAUGAUUAUUUUCCUAAAUAAAAAACAAAGAAUUUACUUAUUUUAUGUUAAUUACGGGCAUGAAGCAAAAAGUUUUCUUUUUAAAAAAAAAAAAAAUUAAAAGUGCAGUUAUGUAGGGCUGUGGUUAGUUAACCGUACUGAGUUAUCUAUCUAGCAUUUGUGGCUUGUUGGAAGGGUAGUAUUAACUAUUUAACAUGUAAUGGAGUACUUUAACUCUUAUCUAGCACGUUGUCUUCUCAUUGCUUUGGGGGAGGGAGGGUCUCUGCUGGCACUGUCUAACUUGCUUACCUGCUGAAUUAGCAGUUUGCUUGUGCUAUAACCGUUAUUUGUAGGUGCGACUUAGGGUAGGCUUAAAGUGCUGGGUGGUGAUUUGAGUUCAAACAAUAAAAAACUGUAUUUUUUCAAUAUUGUAUAAACAAUAGUGUUCUAAUUACCUUUCAAAAAAAAUAAUGUCCAGAUAAUAAUUGCUUUUAAUCUUGUCAAAAAACAAAACAAAACAAAAAACUAGUAGAACCAAGUUUAGGGAAGGUAUGUGAGCAGUGCCACAGCUCUGUUCCCUGACUGAAUCCAUGUUUCUCUAACAAAAAGACAUCAGCUUGCCUGUGAUCGAGAACUCCAGCACUAGGAAUCUGGUGGUGCAGAAUUUCCAAAUGAAGAUUUGUUGGAGGUUGCAGGGGUUAAGAAGCAGAUCUGAGUAUGGCUACAGUGUGUAUGCACGUGUGUGUGCGCCCAUCCAAGUCUGUGUGAUAAAGGUGUAACUAGGCUUCUCUGCUAGCACUGGAAGCUCCUGGAAAUUGCUGCCCAGAUCACACUGUACCCUCUCAUUCUGUGCAAAUCUGUCCUUUUUGGGCACUAACCUUGAUCCCAUGCAUGUUUUUGGCUCUGUGUGGAGCUUUUCCUCUCCACUGGGAAAUUGACUUUUGAUAUGUUGAACAGAAUCCCUUCUUACACUAACUUUUUGUCCCUUCCCUGUGCCUGGGAGAGGUAGGAGUAGGAGAGGAAGCUGGAAGAGGGCCUGGCUGUGAUUCUGAGGACUCUGGGCCCCCAGUAAUAGAUGGUAGAGUGAGUCUGGAGCAGGGGGUGGUAUGACACCAAAAGCUUUUCCACGUUGUCCCAUCAUAACACUCAGAGAAGCAUUCAGAGCCCCUCAGAAAGGGUGCACAUUAUUGCUUUUAAAGGUGGUGGUGGUAGGUCAGAGCUGCUUCUGGCAGUUUCCCUUCCCUUCCCUUCCCUUCUCUUUAGUACCCAUCAUUUUUGAAAUCCUGCCUUGUGGUUUACCAGCGCAAGCCAUUCUUUGCCCCUGUUCAAAUGACUGAGCUCCAGCUCUCGCCAAACACCAGAAAGCAAGAUGGCUGCACCACAGCAGCAUGCAAUCCGCUACCCUCCAGCCGCCCCAGCACUGGGGCCUCGUGGGUUGCGUUUUAAGGUAGCCAACCUAGACACUGGCAUUUUUGCUCUUUUGUCUUCAAUCGCAUCGCGCUCCUUGAGGUUACUGUGCAGUUUCAACCAGCGUUUUAUACUAGUGAGAUAAUUAUCAGAAGUUGCCAUAUAUCUCUCCAGUACCUAACGUUUUUCUUCCACUCCAAAAGCUGUUCUAAUUGCCAACUGGCUGAUCUAAGCUCCAGAAGAGUGUCUCCCCUCGAAGGAAUUUUUUCCCUCACGAGGCUCCCUGAAGCCCUAGUUGGCCUUGGCCUGACAUUUGGUUUUUAUUAGGCCUCCUAUUGGGAUGGCUGAGAAUCAUGAAAGACAGAUCCUCUGCUAGUCCCCAUGGUGAAGUUGUUAGAUACCAACUUUCUGGGAACUAGUGUUUGACUUUAAAUGGCAUGUGACCCUUCUGUGUUCUAGGGACUCAAUUAGAAAAGUGAAAGCCAUUAACAAAAGUUAGAGUUUUAUUCAUCUCACCAACUUCCUGACUGGGUUCACAGCCUUGUUGACUGAAAUCAAAUCAUUUCUGAUUGGCCUCAAAGACCUGCAUUUCUUUGGACUUCUGAAUCCAUGUUCAUAUUUUCUCUGGCCACUGAACACCUUGGUGAUUCCAUUAGGGACUGAAUGGAGUGGAGGCCCCUUGGGGGGAAGGGAGAGUAAACCCUCAGGUAUGCAGUUUCUCCACUCACCUGAGGAAGGGCCAGGACUCUUAAUUCAGCAAAUAUUCAUCUUGGCCGUGGGCUUGGGAAGAAAUGGCCAUUAUUUACUGAUUGUAUUUGGUACAUAUUGUGUGAUACUUGAAGAGAUAAAAGGGACUUACCAGCCCUUAAUUGAAAUCUAAGCUUUUUAUCACUUAUUUUUUCCUUGCCCCCUCUCCUCCCUUCCACCUUUUUCCUUGCAUUGUGAUGAUCUAGUGGGCACUUCUGUCAACAGGACAAAUGCCUCCUCUGACUAUAACCUCUUAAUAGUUGUGUAUAAUGAAAACUGUAAACUUUUUUAAAUAAAAUGUGUAUAUACCUUGGCAAA